AAGGACGUGAUGGGAUUGCGAUUGUGAGCUCUCGAGUUGUUAUCCGUGUAAGAUUUUUAUUGAAGAAAUAAUGGGAGCAACGAUGGAAGAGCAGCUGAAGAAGGCGGAGGCCGAGCCGUCUCUGCCGGUGGAGCCGCCCCCGGCUUCGGCCCCUGUCGACGUUGCCGUUGAGAAGAAAGCGGAUGUGGUUCCGCCGAGUGAUGUGGAUGUCAAGGGUGGCGAUGAUACCAAAGCUCUCACCGUAGUUGACAAGGUUCCAGAAACUGUGGAGAAAAAGGCUUCAGGAGGAUCAAUUGACAGAGAUAUAGCACUUGCACAACUGGAGAAGGAAAAGAGUAUGUCUUUUGUCAGGGCAUGGGAAGAAAGUGAAAAGGCUAAGGCAGAGAACAAGGCCCAAAAGAAACUUUCUGAUGUUACUGCAUGGGAAAGCAGCAGGAAAGCAGCUGUGGAAGCCAAACUCAGAAGCAUUGAGGAACAAUUGGAGAAGAAAAAGGCACAAUAUGCAGAGAAAAUGCAAAACAAAGUUGCCUUACUUCACAAACAAGCGGAUGAAAAGAGGGCAAUGGUUCUAGCCCAGAAAGGCGAAGAACUUCUUAAGGCUGAUGAGACCGCUGCUAAGUACCGUGCAACUGGAAGCAUUCCAAAGAAGUUCCUCGGUUGUUUUUGAAGUAGUGCUUUCAAUCCUGGUUUGAAAACAAUCUGUGUAACUUCUGGUUUUUUCAUAUGUAUAUCUUUCUUGUUUGCGCUUUUUGUACUUUGGGGUUCGGGUCGGUUUGUUCAUUGUGUUCUUUAAUUUGUGUGAAAACUGACUACAGAAUCAGCAACUGUUCAUUGUCAUCCAUGUGUUUAUAGGAAGUCUAUUUGACUUGUGAAUUCCAAGUUUGUUAUUUGUUUCUUCA